UAAUGGAACUAUGGCUGAUAGAAUAAGAGAUAGGCAAAGAAACGCAGCACAGGUAGCAGAAAGAGCAUUAGAAGAAAUUAGAUAUGAUGGUACUUUUGACCAUGAUCCCAACUCUGAAAACAUCAUUGAGGAUGAACACCAACGACCACAGAGACCGCGGAGCUCAGUGUAUAAUCCAGGACUUGAAAAGUGUUGGGAUUAUUGCCAUGCUCUCCUUAUCGAUGCAGAAUUACGAUCUUUUUGUUGUGAUCGGGGAAAAGUUUCACCCGGCGAGAUAUUCAAAGAACCUCCACAGUACAUGAAGGACAUCUUAUUGGAUCCAAUCACUACAGUUCUUUCACUAUCAUCUUUGGAUUCUAAAAGUACUGAUGAUUCGAGAGGUGGAACUUCCUCAAUGACCAUCAAUGGACGUUUAUUCCAUAUAUUUGAUGAAAUUUAUACACUAGAUCCAGGAUUAGCUACAAAUCGUCAUCUUGAAUUGCUUAGAGGUGUUCUUCAAAAAGAUGAAGAAUAUAAUACACUUGAGGACUACAUUAGCAAAAUUGAAAUUGUUCAACAGGAAAUUACAGAGAUGGGCUCAACAAGAGAAGAGACCAUUGUUCAAUUUACCAAUAUUGAACCAACAGCACCAACAAAUUCAGAACAUCAUACUUCUUUAUUACUAGAGGUUUAAGAGUUUGAUUUGGCGCGCAGGAACAUAAUAGCAAAACAGACUUCAUUUUCAGU